AUGGAAUCUAUCAGAAACGCAGCAACCGCCGCCGCUAGCUACGUCGGCUUGGGCGGUACUACUGAAGAGAACAGAGAAGGCGAAACCAGCCACAUCGCUGGUGGUGAAGCUCCCCAGAACGUUGCUACAGGCACAUCUCAGUCUGGCACCGAGCCAGUCUCCGGCAAGCUCGGUCGUGGAGAGGCCGGCGAGCCCUACGAUGCUGGAAACGUUGAUGGUAUGUCAAGUCAACUAAGAUCUGUAAACCUCUCACAUGCUGACACUACAANNGGUGCCUCAGGACUUGGUGGUGGCUCGGUCCAAAACCCUUCUUCAGAUUACACCUCCCAAUCGACCACCAGCCGCAGCACUGGACUCGGCAGCGGUCUGACCGGAAGCAGUGGUCUUACUGGCAGCGAUGGCCUUACUGGCUCGAGUGGCAACAGUGGACUCACUAGCUCUGGUCUCGGUUCGACCACUACCUCGUCCAACACUCGCUCUUCCGUGCCUCUCACAGAGAAGGCCCGUGAGACUUUCGGAAUCGGUGGAGGGGACAAGCAUGCUUCUGGUUUGGGCAGUCGUGAGGACGGACCUGGAUACGGCACAUCCUCGAAGCGUGACAAGGACAGUACUCUCGGCUCCGUCAUCGGACACGGAUCCAACCCCGACAAGUACUUGUACGACUCGAAGACUGCUCCUGGACUCGGUGGCCACCGCAUUGGUGACGACUUUACCGACUCCAACACUAGACACGAGGGUAACACGUCGCUUCCCGCCAAUCUAGGCUCUGAUGCUGCUGCUGGCAAGGCUGGUGGCCACUCUUCCUCUGGAGGCCUGACAGGUCGCUCCGACAACGACAGAUACACUUCCGGUACUGGUGAGAGUCUCACUCAGAAGGCCAAGGACUACCUGCCUGGUACAAGCAGCCACUCGAGCACCCAGAACGACUCAGCUCUUGCUGGAGCUAGAGAAGUGAUCACUGGUUCUGGCCGCAACGAGUCUAGUUACGGAAGCUCAACCUACGGAUCUAGCAACACCUCAACCCUUCCUGUCCGCAGCCAUGAAACCGCCGACAGUAUUACUCCCGGCUCUCUCAGUGGCUCGCUCGUUGGAGGCACUGGAUCUGACCUCACUAGCACUUCAUCAGGUCUCACUACUGGCCUGACUGGCUCCAGAACCACUGGUGGCACUACUGGUAUUGGCCAAGAGAUCUGUGAAGAAGGUAAGUGCCACCUCUUAAUCCCAGCUUUCGGCACUAACAAGCGAUCUACAGAACGUGAAGGCUACAAGCCCCAUGGUGGCCACCCCAUCGGCGAGGCAGCUCACAGCACCGUGGACGGCAAGCAGACUUGGCUCGACUACCGCAACGACCCUACCCUCCCCGUCGCUCGUGCCGAGCCUGCCGAUCUGUAA